CAGCGCGCGCACGGGACUGCGGAGCGGCGGAGCCGGCGGAGAGGACCGGACGGCGGGGCCAGCGCGCAGCACUCGGCGCCGGAGCCAGCAGCAGUCCGCUCGCCGUGAGGGACCUGCGCUUGCAAUAUGACAUUGGAGGAAUUCUCGGCUGGCGAGCAGAAGACGGAACGGAUGGACAAGGUGGGCGAUGCCCUGGAGGAAGUGCUCAGCAAAGCGCGGAGUCAGCACACCAUCACGGUGGGCGUGUACGAGGCGGCCAAGCUGCUCAACGUCGACCCCGACAACGUGGUGCUGUGCCUGCUGGCCGCGGACGAGGACGACGACCGAGACGUGGCCCUGCAGAUCCACUUCACCCUGAUCCAGGCGUUCUGCUGCGAGAACGACAUCAACAUCCUGCGCGUCAGCAACCCGGGCCGGCUGGCCGAGCUGCUGCUGCUGGAGAGCGAGCCAGGCCCGGCGGCAGCGAGCGGCGGCGCCGCGGGACCCCCGGACCUGCACUGCGUGCUGGUGACGAAUCCACAUUCAUCACAAUGGAAGGAUCCCGCCCUAAGUCAACUUAUUUGUUUUUGCCGGGAAAGUCGCUACAUGGAUCAGUGGGUUCCAGUGAUUAAUCUCCCUGAACGGUGAUGGCAUCUGAAUGAAAAUAACUGAAGCAAAUUGCACUGAAGUUUUGAAAUACCUUUGUAGUUACUCAAGCAGUUACUCCCUACACUGAUGCAAGGAUUACAGAAACUGAUGUCAAAGGGGCUGAGUGAGUUCAACUACAUGUUCCGGGGGCCAGGAAAUAGAUGACUUUGCAAAUGGAAAGAGGUGAAAAUGAGGGAAGCUAUGUCGAAGCAGAAAUACAAGUCAAAAGGAACAAAAAUGACAACUGUGCAGGAAAGGAAACUAGUAUGGAUGACUUACAUUAAAAUAAGCCAAAUACACUUUGUUAAAGGUUUAAAUGUGUAGCAGUAGUUCAUGUAUUUUGGUUUAUAUGCCCUCAAGUAAAAGACAAGUCAAAAGGGUUAAUCAUAUUUUAAAACCAUAUUUUAUUGUAUUUUGAUGAGAUGUUAAUUCUCAAGUGUUUUAUUAUAGUAAAUUGUACUAAGUUAUUUUAUGACAUGAAGGUUUAUUUAUACUAAAAUUUUUUGAAACACAAUACCUAAAAUAAACUGGUAUGGAAUAAU